UCACAUUCGUAUAUAUGCCACACAGAACAGCAACAGGGAACUGGGACGACGACGACGACGAUAAUUAAUCACAAAUUCUUGGCCACUAGUUGUAGCAGUUAAUAAUAAUAAUAUUAAUAUAAUAUAAUUUCCCACCAUUUUUCUUAGCUUCUUCUUUUGUUCUUAAUAUUUUUGAAUAUAGAAUUUGAGUGAGAUUGUGGUAUUAAUUGGAGGAGGUACGCGUACGACUUCAGAUAUAGUUAAAUAUAAAUUUGAUGACUUAGUAAGAUCGUAUUUAAUUAUCAUCAUUAUUGUAUUAGUUGGUUUGGUUUUGGCGUGUUUGUGGAAGUGACGACGACGAACAAUAAGUAAAAAUGGGCGAGGAGGUGUUGUAUGUCCAGUUUAACCAGGACUACUCCUCGCUGGCCGUGGGGACAGGGGGGGAGUGGACGCUGGUUAGUCUCACAUCCCUCGAGGCACUGGACAGGAUUCACGAGGCGUCAGCGCCAGACGGGGUCCAAAUUGUGGAGAGGCUCUUUUCCUCCUCCCUCGUCGCCAUCGUCUCCCUCAAGAGUCCCAGGAAGCUAAGGGUUUGUCACUUCAAGAAGGGCAACGAAAUAUGCAACUACUCCUAUCAAAACACCAUUCUGGGCGUCAGACUUAACCGUGCCAGAUUGGUCGUAUGCCUGGAGAAUAUGCUCUAUAUUCACAAUAUUCGUGACAUGAAAAUUCUUCAUACAAUUCGGGAUACGCCACUAAAUGAAAAGGGAAUUUUGGCAUUAUCUAUCAAUGCUGACAAUUCAUUCUUGGCGUAUCCUGGAUCAUCUUCAACGGGUCAAGUGCAAGUCUUCGACGCCUUCAACUUGCAAGCGAAAAUUGUGAUUCAUGCACAUGCUUCUUCCUUGGCUGCUUUGGCUUUUAACCUAAACGGGACAUUGUUGGCCACUGCUUCUUCGAAAGGAACCGUUAUCAGAGUGUUCAGCACGACGGAUGGAUCUCGACUCUUUGAAUUUCGGCGUGGGAUGAAACGCCGAGCUGAUAUUUACUCUAUAUCAUUCUCUCCUGACAACUCCUUUCUGGCUAUGUCAUCAAAUACGGAAACCGUUCAUGUCUUUCGACUUGAGUCUGCUAACCAAUCCAACGAAGUUAAAGAGGAAUUAGCAAGCCCAGCAGCUUCUUGGAUGGAAUGGGUCAAGUCUUCACUGCCAACUCAAGUGACCGAGGUGUGGGCACAAGGACGCUCAUUUGCAACCAUUACAACCCCAUUUGUAGAAACUCGGAGUGUUGUGGCCGUAAUCACGGUCACGGAGGCUGAUGGCCCCAAAACUCGAGUAAUUGUAGGAUCAUAUGACGGAUUCCUCUAUGUCUAUGGGUUAAACACACAAGAAGGCGGGGAAUGUCAACUUCUAAAACAGUACAAAUUAACUGGAACCGGGAGCGAUGCCAAGAAAUGUCCUUCAUCUUCCGGACCUGCAGGGACAGCAAGUUACGCCGGAGUUGUGAAAGAUUCGGACAAAAUGUUGGAAAUGAAAAAUGCUAUCGACCAAGCUGGUUCAAGUGAGAAAGAUUUCCCUACACUGGAAUAGAUAACAGCAGAGAUCUAGAGAUCUUUCUCCCCAUUCGAUUUCCCAGACACCAAUAAACAACCAACCAACCAACCCGACCGGCCUUCGCGCACCGUAUAGCGCUCAAUAUUUCAACGUACACGUGCAUCUUGUUUAUGCUGCAUCACUUAAAAUACAAAAAAAAGAUAUUUCCUCUGCAAUAUUUCUACACAUAUUUUUCACUGGAGAAAAUGAUGUAACCUAAACUCAUACAUAUGAAUAGUGAAGCAAGAUGCUGCUAUCCAUCAUCAAACUAUUCUUCAAUCACACUGUCCAGUCGUUAUAUUAUUAUGAUGUUUCUAUUGUGACAGCCGUACAAGAAUAAUCUGGUCAUAGUUUGGAUAUGAAUAUUGGACAAUAUGAAUAUGGCUAAAAUAUCUUUUGUAGUAGUGUGUUCAUCGCCUGACUACUACUGCGUCUUUGUUUAGUACUUUAGUUUGAUAUUACUUACUUAUAUAUGAAUAUGCAUAGAUAGGGUAGAUGACGAAAUAUGAUGUUAUAUUCACGAAACGUAUUGAAUUCUUAAACGCCAACUAGUUUUAAUGAAUUUUGUAGUGUUAUUAUUGUAAAAACCUAAAAAUUGAAUUUCAAUAGUAGUAAAGUAUCACUGACGACGACCAUGAUGAAUUUGUUGGUAGAUUUGGAUAAAUGAAUACACACAAAGUUUUAUUAUUAGUGACAACAACUGACAUGUAAUUUUUAUAGUCAAAGACAAUGCGAGAUUUUAUUUGUACUCUAUUGUGUAUAUACUUAUGUAUAUAUAUAUAAAAUUAAUGUUUCUUCGUUUUUGUCAUGGUCCGAGCAAUACCAUCAUCCCUUGAAAUGAGGCUACCAACUAUAUAAUAUUCUUAUAUAGUUCUAUUGAUGAUAUACAAGAUCUUAUUACAUAUAAUACUACGUAUGGACCCUUAUAAUAAGUAUAUAAUUCAAAUAGUACCAACAAGAACGGCAGAGUUGCUUCGUCAAACUUUGCUGCUACUAAAACAAUGAUUAUUAUGACUGCGAUAAAAACGUAAAGUUUUGUUUUAUUAGGAAGGAUGCAUAUUAUGAUUGUUAAAUAAAGUUAUAUUCGAGUACAUAUUAAUACGUCGCAAACGGAAUAAAACCACAAAUUUUUAAGCAACCUA